GUUUGAGCGGGCGGUGAUGUUCCGCUCACAUCCGUGGACCCCAGACCCAGGGAGUCGGUCUUCGCCAGGGUUUCCUCACAGAGCUCAACUUUGAAUCCUGCACAUUUGACAGGAGGAGAGAAGGAGAAGAGCAGAGGAGGCUGCUGCUGCUGCUGCUGCUGCUCCAGGAUUCAGCACCCUGGACAGCGGAACUGAGCGACUCUAACUAACCACGCCGCCGGAGGGCAGAGCUCAAAGCUCGGCUAUUAUCUAUUCUCCUCCCGCUGUCUGUCCCGGAGGUGUUCUCCCCCCUGCGCCUCCUGCUGGGUCACACUGGACUUUAGUUCAUUAAAAUGCCUUUGAGCAGCCGAGUGGCGGAGAGUAGGAGAGCAGAGUUAGACACACAGCUGAUCCAGCCUUAAUCCGAACCAGUUUUGACCCAAAAUUACAUCUGACUUCAGAGGACCAUGGGGAUCGGGCGCCUCCUCCUGCUUCUCCUCUUCUACUUGGACCCUCUCAGUGUACUCAGCGCUGCCGCCGGCGCCAAGAAAACGAAGCCUACGCCCAAGAAGGCGCUGAAAACCACUGCGGUGCCCGCACUCGGUGCACAGCAGCCGACGCAGAAGAACCAGCCGCCGGCGGAAGCGGUACCGGCUCAGAAUAAGCCUCCGCAGCCUCCGCCGGCGCCCGCCAGCAACCACGACACCUGUCUGGGCUACUACGACGUGAGCGGCCAGUACGACAAGAUGUUCGAGUGCAACAACACGGACCACCGCUACUGCUGCGGCACCUGCUACCUCCGCUUCUGCUGCGAGUACAAGAAGGACCGUCUGGACCAGAAAGCCUGCAGGAACUACCACACACCCGUGUGGGUUCAGACCCCAGCCCCGUCCCCGGUGCCCACGGGAGACACGUAUGACCCCAGCAUGGACCAGACCAACACGGCGGUCUACAUCACCUGCGGGGUCAUAGCCUUCAUCAUCGUGGUGGGGGUGUCGGUCAAAGUGGCGUACGACAAAGCCACGGAACCGCCGCAGGAGAUGAACAUCCACCGGGCUCUGGCCGACAUCCUGAGGCAGCAGGGACCGAUCCCCAUCUCACAGUACGACUGCGAGAACUUUGCAGCCAUGAACGGCUCGCCAAAAGACAACACGCCGGUCAGGACGUCCUCCAAAAACCACUACACGCCAGUGCACGGCUCCAAAUCCAACCACGGUCUUCACUAUGGAAAGGAGAGCGUCCGCAGCAGCGGAGGAGCCGACCUCCACAACUUCAUCUCCUCUGGAUUCGUAACUUUAGGACGAGGACAUCAGAAAGGACCUUACCAGCACGGCUACAACCACGGAGCUCUGGGGAGUCCAGCUCCGACCCCUAAGAAUGCUCACAGAUCAUUGAGACGCGAAAAGGAAAAUCGGAUUAGUGGAAUCCUGACAUCCCAGACGGAACCCUACGACCUGUCCUUCUCCCGCUCCUUCCAGAGUCUGUCUCACCUGCCGCCCUCCUACGAGGCAGCCAUCAAGGCUGACCUCAGCCGUUUCUCAUCCCUCAAGAAACUCACUGAUAAGGAGGUGGACGACUACUACAGUCGCAAACGACACCUGCCUGACCUGGCAGCACGAGGAACUCUCCCUCUGCACGUUCUCAAACUCGGUCAGGACCAGGUAGGAAUCUUACAGGUCCAGAACCAGCCCCCCCAGUCCUCCAUGUCCCAGGCUCCGGCCCAGUCCCAGUCUUCCCAGCAGCAGCCUCAGCAGAGGCAGCGGCCUCGUCGAGUCCAGCGGGCCAUGUCCCAGGACCGGGUCCUAACUCCUCAGAGCGCCCCCCAGCAGGAUUACAACAUGUCCCCCAAUGGCAUUUCUCCGUACGGAGGCAGGAUUCUCUCUGACGAGCAGCUGCUGUCGGCCGAACGCCUCCGAUCACAGGAGCGCCUCCUACCGCAGGAACGCCACACCACCUCCCAGGAGCGCCUGUACACCAAGGAUCGCAUGUACUCCAAAGACCGGCUCCUGUCCCAGGAGCACCUGUACCCCAAAGACCGCCACUACUCUCAAGAGCGUCUGUACUCUCAGGAGCACCUGUACUCCCACGACCGCCUCCUGUCUCAAGAUCCUCUGCUGUCCCCGGACAAGCUAAUGAUGUCACUGAAAAGGGGAAUGGUCAGCAACAUCUCUGGAGGGUUCCGGGGCAGUGACAAGUCCAUGUCCAGGGCCAUCUCACACACGGAUGUCUUCAUACCCACAACCCCAGUGAUGGAUCGCUACAAGAUGACCAAGAUGCACUCACAUCCCAGUGCGUCCAACAACAGCAGCGGAGGUGGUGGUGGUGGCGGCGGUGGAGGAGGAGGAGGAGGAGGACCAUCGCAGGGAUCGGGAGGAACCACCAACACGUUAGCCAUGAACCACACGGUUACUAAGAGGCAGGCAUUUGCUUCCAGACGGACUCACACCGUGGAGCAGCUCCACUACGUUCCACAGCAUCAGCACCAGCAGCAGCAGCACUACCGUACAGGCAGCAAGACUGAGGUGACUGUGUAAUCCAGACCUGGUCCACCCAUCUGCCAGUGAACCAGUAACAUUAGGACCAGUGCAAGGAUCAAGUUCAGAGACCUCCAGGACCAGCACCAUAGGACAGUGAAAAACCAGAAAACUAGAGAUUGUACAAUGGGUCAACAAACCAAGCUAGGCCUCCAGCCUGAGGACAUUGAGGGUCAGAGGACUGGGGGGGGGCAGGUGUAGACUUAUAAACCGAACUAAGCUGCCAUUAUUAACCAGUUCUACGUCUCCAUGACCUCCAUCCACAGGUCACUGCCAUUAUUCUGUCCAAGAAAGAAUUGAAACUAGGUGUGUCCAUGUUUCGACUCCACCCACAGAACUUUGAUUUUUUUUUAUUUCUCCCCUCUUUUCUUCCUGCCGGACCUCCUGAGAACCUUCUUCUUGGUUGGUUCUGUGUGGUUGUUGUCAGAUUCCAUCUUGUCAAAACUCCCAGAACAUCCAGACUGUGAGAGACCGGACACACCUUCACUGUUCACGCCAACAUUUCCACUCGUCCAAGUAGGAAAGGUGGAGGUCGUUAGGGUGGAUACCAGAGAAUUCAAACCAAGCUGCUGUAGAAACCACUUCCACUGUCCGGAUGGUCUCCAUCCAAACUCCGCCCACUUUGGCCGUCAAAGCCAAUCAAACAAAAACUGAAGCUUCAAUCCAAUAGAGCUUUCUGCUGAAUCUUAAAGGGCUCUGCGUGGUUCAACAAAGGUUCUUCUUCAGGCUCCACCACAAACUAGAACCAGAACCAGGACCAGAACCAGGCCUGAAACAACUUUAUAUAUGUAAAAAUAAACCUUCAGAGAGAAUCUGGAACCACCGGCCUCUCUGCCUCCACCCCACUCCCUGAGACUGACGUGGUUCUGCGGUUCACCAAGCACAAUCGGAACAACAACGAGAUCUCCUCCGUCUGGACACUGUGUUUGAACGUAGUGAUGGUUAGUCUGUCGUGGCAGCAGCAGUGUCACAGUCCUUUCUUCUCCAGUAGACUGUAAAUACGCUCUCUUAGAAGCCACUCUCUGAUGGACUUGAUCUUAGACUUCUGUCUGUUUUCAGUAGAUUCUUAAAGAUGAAAAACUAUAAACCAGUCACUGUUUCGUGAGUUGAGUAUAGAAUAAAAUAUCUACUUAAUCAAGUAUCUGACAGGAAAAUGAAAACUAGAAUGCGUGUGCGUGGGUGUGCGUGGGUGUGUGUGUGUAGCCUGUGUUUCAUCCUGAUGAUGAAUUCAUUCUAAAUCUGUGAAGUCAAAUAAAAACAUCCAUAUUUUUAUAACCACUCC